CAUCUCCCCCUGCUUCCUCACCAUCUCGUUACUCAAAGACCACAACUAGAGCUCACAAGAAUGCAGAAAUCAAGCGUACAGGAGCCCCUGCUCGUAACUGGACCCAAGAAGUGCGACGAGAAUGCCGCGGCAGCGGAGGUGAAGCGGCUUGUGUGGCUGGCGGGGCCGUUGGUGGCAAGCGGCAUCUUCCAGUGCGCUCUGCAGCUGGUGUCCGUGAUGUUCGUGGGCCAUCUCGGCGAGCUUCCCCUCGCCGGCGCCUCUCUCGCCACCUCCCUCGCCAACGUCACCGGCUUCAGCUUUCUCGUCGGCAUGUCGAGCGCGCUGGACACGCUGUGCGGGCAGGCGUUCGGCGCGCGGCAGUACCACCUCCUCGGCGUGUACAAGCAGCGGGCGAUGCUGGUGCUCGCGCUGGCCUGCGUCCCCAUCGUCGUCGUGUGGGCCAACACCACCAGGAUCCUACUGCUCCUCGGCCAGGACCGGUCCAUCGCCGCCGAGGCCGGCGCCUAUGCGUGGUUGCUCGUCCCGUCGCUCGUCCCCUACGUGCCUCUCGUCUGCCACAUCCGCUUCCUACAGACGCAGAGCAUCGUCGUGCCGGUGAUGGCAAGCUCCGCCGCCACGGCGCUCAGCCACGUCCUAGUGUGCUGGGCGCUGGUGCACAAGGCCGGCAUGGGGAGCAAAGGCGCGGCGCUCAGCAACACCGUCUCCUCCUGCAUCAACCUGGCUCUACUGAGCCUGUACACGAGGCUGUCGGGAGCUUGCAAGAGAACGUGGACUGGGUUCUCCAUGGAGGCCUUCAAGGAGCUGCGACAGUUUGCAGGGCUCGCAUUCCCAUCGGCAAUGAUGCUUUGUUUGGAGUGGUGGUCGUUUGAACUGCUUGUGCUGCUCUCUGGUCUUCUGCCUAAUCCUGAACUUGAGACGUCAGUAUUGUCCAUAUGUCUUAAUACGGGCUCUCUCAUGUUCAUGGUGCCAGCUGGUCUCUGCACAGCCAUAAGUACACGCGUUUCCAAUGAACUUGGUGCCGGUAAGCCUGAGGCAGCGAAGCUAGCGACAAGAGUAGUCGUAUGUAUGGCCUUGUGUGGAGGCUUGGUCAUGUCUGUUGCAAUGAUUCUACUACGCAAAUUCUGGGGCUAUUUGUACAGCAAUGAGGAGGAAGUUGUCACAUAUAUUGCCCGGAUGAUACCAGUUCUUGCGAUAUCCUUCUUUAUAGAUGGAAUCCAUACUUCUCUUUCAGGUGUGAUAACUGGAUGUGGUGAGCAGAAGAUUGGUGCUCGUGUCAAUCUCGCCGCGUUCUACUUGGCAGGCAUCCCCUUGGCCGUGUUUCUUGCAUUUGUCCUGCAUCUGAAUGGAAUGGGUCUUUGGCUCGGCAUAGUUUGUGGUAGUCUCACAAAGCUUUUGUUGCUCGUGUGGAUCGUACUUUCAAUAAACUGGGAAAAAGAAGCAAUUAAAGCAAAAGACAUGGUCUUACAAUCUUCUCACCCGGUUGCUUGAGGAUACAAUAUAAUGCUGCAAAAUUGCAUUUGGUGAUACGACUAAACACACAAGAGACCGAAAAACUAUUGGUAUAUAGUUAAGCCCUUCAGUUUUGAAGGCCGGAGAAAAAUGUAAAGAUUGCAGACUAAGAUUAUCAAUUGACCAUAAUGUUAGAUAUUUUCAGUAUUUUUUGUAAGGAUAUGUUCAUUUUAAUUUUGAAUGUUCCUAUGAGGAUGCGUAGAAGGUUUU